AGUUAUUUUUUGUAAAUCCGAGCUUUACAUUGGCGUCUGUGCUUUUCCCAGACUCUCUGCUAGGGUUCCAGAGUCGCCGCUUCAUCAUCCUCCUCCUCCUCCUCCACCUCCUCUCAUCGUAUUGACCACUCGCUCGCCGAGUCCACUCGCCAACUCGGUUCAAAUGGCAAUGGAGGUCACUCAAAUUCUUUUAAAUGCACAAGCAGUAGAUAGCACCGUGCGCAAGCAGGCAGAAGAAAAUCUAAAACAAUUCCAGGAGCAAAAUCUCCCAAGUUUCUUGCUCUCUCUUGCUGGGGAAUUAUCCAAUGAUGAUAAGCCUGUUGAGAGCCGUAAAUUAGCUGGUUUAAUCCUCAAGAAUGCCUUGGAUGCCAAGGAACAGCAUAGGAAACUUGAGCUUGUGCAGAGAUGGUUGUCAUUGGACACCUCUGUGAAGGUCCAGAUCAAAACAUGUCUGUUAAAGACCAUCUCCUCUCAUGCUCCUGAUGCUCGAUCAACUGCAUCUCAAGUUAUUGCAAAGGUUGCAGGUAUUGAGUUGCCUCAUAAACAAUGGCCUGAACUUAUUGGAACACUCUUGUCUAAUAUUCACCAGCUUCCGGCUCAUACCAGGCAGGCAACACUGGAAACUCUUGGUUAUAUCUGUGAAGAAGUUUCCCCUGAUUUGGUGGAUCAGGAUCAAGUAAACAAGAUACUUACUGCUGUAGUUCAGGGUAUGAACUCUUCUGAGAGUAACAAUGAUGUCAAGUUUGCUGCUACUCGAGCAUUGUUCAAUGCACUAGGUUUUGCUCAGGCAAACUUUUCUAAUGAUAUGGAACGAGAUUACAUCAUGAGAGUUGUCUGUGAGGCUACUCUUUCUCCAGAGCUGAAGAUUCGACAGGCUGCUUUUGAGUGUUUGGUUGCAAUAUCUUCAACCUACUAUGAAAAGUUGGCUCCUUAUAUUCAAGAUAUCUUUAACAUCACUGCUAAGGCUGUGAAGGAAGACGAGGAGCCAGUUGCACUUCAAGCCAUUGAGUUUUGGAGUUCAGUCUGUGAUGAGGAGAUAGAUAUUUUAGAGGAAUAUGGAGGUGAAUUUAGUGGGGAAUCUGACAUUCCCUGCUUUUACUUUGUUAAGCAGGCACUGCCUGUUCUUAUCCCCAUGUUGUUAGAGACACUACUGAAGCAGGAGGAGGAUCAGGAUCAAGAUGAAGGGGCUUGGAACAUUGCGAUGGCUGGAGGCACUUGUUUGGGUCUGGUUGCACGCACCGUUGGAGAUGAUGUUGUUCCACUUGUAGUGCCAUUCAUUGAAGAGAACUUAACAAAACCAGAUUGGAGGCAAAGGGAGGCUGCCACUUAUGCCUUUGGUUCCAUUCUGGAAGGACCUUCCCCUGACAAGCUCAUCCCUCUUGUUAACAUAGCCUUGAAUUUUAUGCUUACUGCCCUAAUGCAAGAUCCAAAUAACCAUGUGAAGGACACUACUGCCUGGACUCUUGGAAGAAUGUUUGAAUUUCUUCACGGGUCAGCUUUGGAGACACCCAUAAUUACCCAAACAAAUAUUCAACAGAUUAUAACUGUUCUCAUUCAGAGCAUGAAAGAUGUACCAAAUGUUGCUGAGAAAGCCUGUGGUGCUCUCUAUUUCUUGGCUCAGGGUUAUGAGGAUGCGGGAUCUGCAUCUUCUCCAUUGACUCCCUUCUUCCAGGAAAUUGUUCAAGCUCUACUGACUGUUACCCAUCGAGAAGAUGCUGGAGACUCACGCCUCCGCACUGCAGCAUAUGAGACUUUAAAUGAAGUUGUGAGGUGUUCCACUGAUGAGACAGCCCCAAUGGUAAUGCAACUAGUUCCUCUCAUAAUGAUGGAGCUCCACCAGACUCUCGAGGCACAGAAGCUUUCAUCCGAUGAGAGGGAGAAGCAGAAUGAAUUGCAAGGGUUGCUCUGUGGUUGCUUGCAGGUCAUUAUACAGAAGCUGGGGUCAUCGGAGCCAACAAAAUAUGUCUUCAUGCAGUAUGCUGACCAGAUGAUGGCCCUCUUCUUGAGAGUAUUUGCUUCCCGAAGUGCCACAGCUCAUGAGGAGGCUAUGCUUGCCAUUGGAGCUCUUGCCUAUGCAGCAGGUUCUGAUUUUGCAAAAUACAUGCCAGAAUUUUAUAGGUAUUUGGAAAUGGGUCUUCAAAAUUUUGAGGAUUACCAAGUUUGUGCCAUUACAGUUGGUGUUGUCGGGGAUAUAUGUCGGGCACUGGAGGAUAAGAUAUUGCCUUACUGUGAUGGAAUAAUGACUCAGCUCCUAAAGGAUUUGUCAAGCAAUCAGUUACAUCGAUCUGUGAAGCCUCCUAUUUUUUCAUGCUUUGGUGACAUUGCUUUGGCAAUUGGGGAAAACUUUGAGAAGUACUUGAUGUAUGCUAUGCCCAUGCUUCAGAGUGCAGCAGAACUAUCUGCCCAUGUAUCAGGUGCUGAUGAUGACAUGCUAGAGUACACCAACUCUCUGAGAAAUGGAAUUCUAGAGGCAUACUCUGGGAUUCUUCAGGGAUUCAAGGGCUCGUCAAAGACUCAGAUAUUGAUGCCUUAUGCACCUCAUGUUCUCCAGUUCUUGGAUAGUUUGUAUAUGGAGAAGGACAUGGAUGAUGCGGUGUCUAAGACAGCAAUUGGGGUCCUUGGAGAUCUAGCUGAUACCCUGGGUAGUAAUGCAGGUCCCUUGAUUCAGCAAUCUGUGUCAAGCAGAGACUUUUUAAAUGAAUGCUUGUCAACUGAUGACCAUAUGAUCAGGGAAUCUGCUGAAUGGGCCAAGUUGGCCAUUAGUCGAGCCAUUUCUUUUUGAGGCAACUGCUACUUCAUAUACUCUACUUCCUUGCAUGCAGUUGGGUGUUUUGAGUGCAUACAUACAAUGAGUCAGGUCUACACCAUUUUUGGGAGCAGGUCUUUGGGUCGUUCAGGUGGCAGUAUCUCUCUCAGCAUUGUGGCGUCGGUGUUUUUGUAAUUUUUCAUUAUAGUUUUGCAUCGCCAUUGAGGAAGUCAGCGGUGACAACCCCCCAUACAUUUCUGCUACCUUGGCAGAAAAAAACUUGAACCAUAAUUUACAGAAAUUGAACGUGUUUUAAUGGUAUGGGAGGAAUGUGAUACGAGAGACCCAAUCUCACCCUGCCUCAUCUAAUGGGUUAGUGGUAGUAGUUCCAUUUGUUUGGAGUCUAUUUUGCUGAAGAGUUGGUCAGGAGUUGGGGUUGGAGCACUUCAGCAGCAAUGUAGAAGCCUGCAUUCAUUUUUUUUUAAAUCCUUUGGCCUUUUUUUCCUUCUUCCCUCACCAAAAAUUCGGUGUCUUAAAAGUAUUGCAUUGUUACAAUUUUCAUAGAGUUGGGCAUCUUGCCUGUUGUACUCAUGUAUACACUUGGUCAUUAUGUGGGAUUGGUGAGAACAGCAUGAUAUUAGGUUCAUAUCAUGAGUUGGUCAUUUUUCAUCAUCAUUAUAUUUACUGUGGUUGUUUAUUUA